GUUGACUAAUUUUCAACACUUGCGACGUGCCCUUCACACAUCCUCGUCAAGCAGCAUGUCCAAAGUAUUCUUCGUGUACGCACCGGACUUCACCGACGAGGCGGCUCCGGAAAGGAGGAACAGUGUGCGCGCUGAGCACCUCAAGGUCGCUGCUGCACGCACCAACACGCUUUUGGGUGGACCGAUGGUUACGGAGGAAGGGAAGAUGACUGGAUCGACCAUGUUCAUCAAUGCGGACUCCGAGGAGAAGGUUCGUGCCAUAGUCGAGAGUGACAUCUACUACAAAUCCGGCGUGUGGGAUCCCGCGAAUAUUGCGAUAUGGUGGUACAGGCCUGCUGGACCUCCCAAGGUGUAAUGUUGCCCCUGAAUUCGAGCGUAGGGAGCUGAGUUGUAUGAGUGAUGUACUGGAAGGAAUAGCAAACGAGAAGGAAUUAGAAUUGAUCAUUACCCUUGUGAGGAGACCAUCUUCA